AUGUCGGAAACGUACGCUUCGAUAAAGACCCUUCAUUCGAGUCUACCAUCAUUUCAACCAUCCAUCUCCACAUCCUUACUGCCGAGCAUAGCCUUAAUAUGCCUGUUGGCUUUCUUCGCUUUGACUUUCCUUUUCACAACAUUACCGAAAUCCAAGGUGCCCAUCUCUGAAAUAACAACGGCUCUAUUAGCGUCUGCAUUAGCUGGUGGUGGAGUAGUGGCUUUGUUCUGCACGUUGGGCGUAUAUGUGUGA